CCAAUCCGCACUUUUCGUUCGCUCUUGGAGGCUGGGGUUCGUUUCUCGGACUUCGGAUUAAGGCUUUUGCGGAGGAGCGGCUUUGCUGCGAAGCGAAGCGAUGCCACUUCACUUUUGGCUGGCGGGGGUGGCCGCCCUGCUUCUUCCGGGGCUGACGGUCCUAGGCUCCUCCUCGCACUCCCUGCGCUAUUUCUACACAGGGGUAUCUGAACCCAACCAGGGGCUGCCCCAGUUCAUCACAGUGGGGUACGUGGACGGCCAUCUCUUCAGCCAGUAUGACAGUGUUGUAAGAAGGGAGCAGCCUCGGGCACCCUGGAUCAAGAAGGUGGAUGAGGAUGACCCCCAGUAUUGGGACAGGAACACCCAGAUAUCCUGGAAUGCUGAGCAGGUGUUCAGAGAGAACUUGCAGAUCUUAAGAAAUCGCUACAACCAGAGUGGAGGGUUUCACUCUGUGCAGUGGAUGUACGGCUGUGAGCUGAGGGCAGACGGGAGCCCAGGAGGAGGGCAUUCCCAGUUUGCCUACGAUGGGAGGGACUACCUCAGCUUCGAUAAGGAGACCCUCACCUGGACGGCUGCUGAUCCAAAGGCCCAGAUCACAAAGAUGAAGUGGGAGAAGGAUCUGGCCCUUGCCCAGAGACAAAAGGCCUACCUGGAGGAGAUUUGCAUCGAGUGGCUGCGGAGAUACCUGGACUACGGGAAGGAGACGCUGCUGAGGAGAGAGCCUCCAGUAGGGAAGGUGACAAGCAUGUCGGUCUCUGAAGGCCGGGUGAUUCUCGUCUGUCACAUGUACGGCUUCUACCCCAAGGAGAUCGAAGCCACUUGGAGGAAGAAUGGGGAGAUCGUGGAGGAGGGCACCUUCCGGAGGAGCAUCGCUCCCAACUCCGAUGGGACCUACCACGCCUGGCUUGGCGUCGAGACAGACCCUGCAGAUAGAGGGCUCUACCGAUGCCACAUCGAUCACGCUGGCCUGGCUGAGCCUCUCGUCUUGGCCUGGGAAGCGCCUGGUGGCUCCUCCUCGCACUCCCUGUGCUAUUUCUACACAGGGGUGUCCGAACCCAACCAGGGGCUGCCCCAGUUCAUCACAGUGGGGUACGUGGACGGCCAUCUCUUCAGCCAGUAUGACAGUGUUGUAAGAAGGGAGCAGCCUCGGGCACCCUGGAUCAAGAAGGUGGAUGAGGAUGACCCCCAGUAUUGGGACAGGAACACCCAGAUAUCCUGGAAUGCUGAGCAGGUGUUCAGAGAGAACUUGCAGAUCUUAAGAAAUCGCUACAACCAGAGCGGAGGGUUUCACUCCGUGCAGUGGAUGUACGGCUGUGAGCUGAGGGAGGACGGGAGCCCAGGAGGAGGGCAUUCCCAGUUCGCCUACGAUGGGAGGGACUACCUCAGCUUCGAUAAGGAGACCCUCACCUGGACGGCCGCCGUUCCCACGGCUCAGAUCACAAAGAGGAAGUGGGAGAUGGACUUGGCGUCUAACCUGUAUGUGAAGGCCUACCUGGAGGAGAAUUGCAUUGAGUGGUUGCGGAGAUACCUGGACUACGGGAAGGAGACGCUGCUGAGGAGAGACCAUUCCCCCCCCCCAAGACCAGCACAGGCUCCCGUUGUUCAGGAUCAGUUAAGGAUCACUCCCUUUCAUAUCCACUUCCAUCCUCUGCGAUGGCCUGGUUCAACCCGGAGCAACUCCGGCGGGUGCUUCCUGGGGUAACGUUGUUGAGAACAUCCUCACUAGGCUUUUCGGUUGGGUUUAAAUGGUGCAGACCUUUGGCUCUCUGCCAGGUAAGUGCUGCGAGGCGGAAGAAGGCCCGUCGUUUCUCUGCGGGAAACGGGCACCUACACAGACUGUCCCAACUCCCAUCUGGUAAGUCCUGAA